AUAAAACAUGAGAGGUUUAACCACAGCGAAUGUCUGUCGAAUAUCCAACGAAUAUCCAACGUAAAACUAACUUCACCGCGGUGUCUAAUUACAGUUUCGAUCUUGACGUAAUGAAAAACCACUUACCUGAAUCGAAACUUAGAGAGACUUAAAACCAGCUGAAUCAAGGAAGAUCGCGGAUAUCGGGGGACACUGGAGUAGAGGGAAGAUGCACGGAGAAAGUUAGAGCAGAAUCGGGAAGUUUGGGCUAUAAUAUCUCAUUUAUUCCUGACUUGCUGCGUCACUGCAAUGGAUAUUGGAAAUGAUAUUUCCAAAUUGCAUGAACAUGCACAGAAAUGUAACCUUGUGCUUAAGUGGGAUUACUUUGGCUCUGAAGGCCCUGACCACAUUAAAACAUUCAUUUGGAAAGCUGUCCUAGAUGGCAAAUCCUAUCCACAAGGUGUGGGGAAGACCAAACAGGAAGCCAAACUAAAGGCAGCUCAGAAUGCCAUGAAAUGUCUGUACGAGGAUGACAAUCAGGACAAAAGUGAACAUGCAAAAGAACCUUCUGCAUCAGUGUCUUGUGCAAAUGUCAACUUCAUAUGUUGGCUCAAUCAAUAUGGUCAGAAAAAAGGGUUGACCGUGAAGCCUGUGGAGAGCAUUAGACUUGGAAAAAGCGGUGCACCAUAUUGGUGUAAGUUUGUGGUUGGUGACAAGGAGUACCCAGAGGUCUCAGGAAAAAACAAGAGGGAGGCCAAAGAGCAAGCAGCCAAACUGGUUUAUGACAUACUAUGUAGCAGUAACACCGAAGCGACUGCAGAUGUAUCAAGUCAACAAAAUAUGAAUUCAAGUAAAACUGCUGCAGACAUGUGCACUGAUACAAACACCUGGGGUUUUAGCACUGAAGACAGUAGCCGCAUGGAGACUAAUUUCAUUGGAAUCAUAAACCACUACUGUCAGAAGAAGCAGUUGAGUUUUACGUACAUUGAAGUGAAAAGAGAAGGUCCUCCUCAUUGCCCCCAAUUUUUCUACAUGUUAAAAAUAGGCAAUAAGGAAUACCCCAUUGGUGAGGGUUGGAAAUCGAAGGUGGCCCAGCAAAAGGCGGCUCAACUGGCCUGGUCUGCUCUCCAGGAACAGUCAGACUGGGACAGCAAGGUGUCCAUCAGGUCAACAAUGUCUGAAGACAAUGCAACAUCUACAUCUUUAGAGCAAAGUUCAUCAGAGAACUUGAAUAAUCCAUUAACAAACAACAUGGAAGAGAGAAAAAGUGAAUCCAUUAUAUUUGCUGAUUCAUCUAAUGACCAGGCACCCCAGGCUGGAGAAAAUACACCAUCUCCCCUAGGGUCUGAAAUGUCACCAAUGAGCCCGUCAACCAGUACUAGUGACUCUGCAAUGGAGACUGGGUCGUCUCAUCAUUCCAGCAAUAAGAAUGAUGCCAAAAAUGAAAGUCUGGACAAUGCAAGAACUACGCAGUCAAGAUUUACUCCAGAUUUUGACAACAUUGAAAGGCUGGGCAAAGGAGGUUUCGGCCAUGUUUACAAAGCAAGAGAAAAGCUGGUGGACAAGGACUAUGCUGUCAAGAUUGUCCGUGGUACAAAGAAGGCUUUGCGAGAGGUGACUGCCUUAUCAGACCUCCAACACACCAACAUUGUUAGAUACUACCAUUGUUGGAUGGAGGACUCAAAAUAUGAAGAUUAUAGCUCCAGCUCCUCUGAGUCUAAAAGUAACUCAUGUCCACAGUACCUCUACAUUAAGAUGGAAUUAUGCAACUCUGGAACACUUAAAGACUGGAUUAAAAAAAAGAAUAAAGAUAGUCUGCAAGAUACUCAGAGAAGAACAGAAAGUCUUCCUGUUGCUCAACAAAUAGUGAAAGGAGUCGAGUACAUCCACUCCUGCUGCCACAUUCACAGGGACCUGAAGCCCACCAAUAUCAUGUUUGGAAAAGAUGGAGUUGUGAAGAUUGGGGACUUUGGUUUGGUCACUACGGAGAUCGAGGAGGACGAUGAAAACCUGAUGAGUAGAACAAAAAAAACAGGAACCAGGAAUUAUAUGCCCCCUGAACAAAUGACUAAUAAAUACAACCAUGAAGUGGACAUGUUUGCUUUGGGGCUGAUCUUCUUUGAACUCCUUUGGAAAAUUUCUACUGGCCACGAAAAAGCAGAUAUAUGGAAGGAUGCAAGAAAAAGGAAGUUUCCCAAAGAAUUCUCAAGGGCUUUUCCCCAAGAGUUCCUAAUAAUUCAAUCGCUGCUUUGUGAGAAGCCACAAGACCGACCUGAUGCAAGUCGAGUCAAGGAGGAGCUGGACAAGUGUGUAUUAGUUGUUCAAAGAAGCAAAGAACAUGAGAAUCGCACAGUCUGACUCAGAUCUUAAAGAGCAGAAUGAGCACUUGAAGGCCUUUUUAUUGUUUAAUGACUUUUUUUCCUUUUAACUGCUUGGAAGCACUUUUAUUCCGUUACGGUUUUGCGUUGAGGAUGAUGCAAUGAAUGAAAACGUUUUUUUUUUAUUUUUUUUAAAUCACACUAAUAGGAUUUUAACAUCAGUCCUAUGUAUUGUGUUAUAACGUAAUCAUGUUUAUGUCAUUUUUAACAGUCAUCUUUAUUCUGCUCUGCAAAUCUCCACUUUUGUGAUCCAUUUAUUUGUCUUUGUGUGAACUGUUACUGGGACUGUACUUUUUUAAAUUAUUUGUUACAGAUAUCAUUGCAAACAUGAAUUCAUUGUAAAUUAAAAAUUAUUUACAGUCAUAAGGAGAAAUUUUAGACAUUUUAAGUAUUUGUGAAUACUACACGCCUUAUUAAAUUCAUUGACAUGGCAACAUCUUAUUUUAAACUGUCAACAAAUUAACUUUAAAUAUGUCAAGUAACAGUGUAAAAAACAAUUGUUCUCCAGGUCAAAGUGGUUGUUACAGACUUGCAUGCAAAAGUAUUUCAAUUUGCCUUCAGAUUCGAGAAGAAAAAAAUUUCUUCCUUACAACAGAGCAGGAAUAAAGCUAUUAAAAACCAUGCUCAAAUGUGAUUUAAUGAUAAAUAUCUCCAAGUAAGGUGGUGGAAACAUGUUGGCAGCAACUUCACUGUUUGGAAGAAACAUACCGUACUUCCAUGAGGUUAUAAUUGUAAUUUUCAUGUAUUUGGAGUAUUAAUCUUAUAAAUCAUGUAUGGAAUAAGGACCAAAAAUUUGUAUUCAUAAUGCAUUCAGCUUACACUGACAUCUGUGUGAUUGUUUGAUUAAGGAGUGACAAAACUUCUGUUUUUUUUAAUUAUUAUUGAUGCAAACAACAAUAAAAAGUGAGAAACUGGGCUGGUUGGUAGAUGUUCAGUGAUGGUAUCAGUUACAAAGCCCUCUGGUGGACAUACGACUUCAUGUUAUAAGUCUGGAUCAGUGAUUUUAAGUAUGAAAAUGCCCACUUAGGGUGUUUUUGAGCUUUUGUAAUGAUUUAUGGAUUCCUUGUGCCAGGAUUAUGGAAAUUUGUGGUGAAAAUGUUUUGUCUGAAAACAAAAAAGAAAAGAAAUACAGGUUUAAAAUGUGACAAACGUCUCUUGGAAUAAAGGCCUGAAAGUGUCCUUAAACGCCGCUUUUUACGCGUGUUCAAUGACGCGCGUAAAAAGCACCGUUUAAGGACUGCGCGAAACACGACUCGUAUAAAACGCCGCUUUUUACGACGUUUUUUGUGCUCAACACAGCGUUUUUAACGCCCGUUUAUUCGACAACGCGUUAAAUCAAGCUCGCUUUAUGGCCCCUAUGGCUUGCCAUAAGAAACUCCUGAGGUAACGGCGUAGCCCUCGCCGUACGGUGCACGUUGCCGCGUACCCUACGUAGGCGUAGGCUUUGCGUUGAUUUAACACGGAACCAUAAUUCAGGCUUUAGGUGAUGAAAUAUCGACUAAUUUACCCACACACAUACAUACACAUAGCCACAUAGACAUACACACACACACUCUCUCAAGCACACAUACACAUAUAUAUGUAUGUAUUCAUACAUGUACACAUACGCACACAUAGCUACACAUACACACACACACGCACACAUAGCUAGAAAUACACACACACACACACACACACACACACACACACACACCUAGCCACAUAUACAUAUGCAUGUGUACACGCACACAUACAGCCACUUAAGUCAUAUUCAUAUACACACACACCUGACCUUUGGAUUUAUUUUAUAUUAUUUAAAAAAAAAUGUAUCCCAAUUUUCCCCCCAUUUUACCACCCAGUGCUCCUACCUAAGUCAGUCCUGGGCAUUGCUCACCUCUACCAACCCCGGGAGGGUCAUUGUUCAACACAUGAUUAUUGGUUUUGUGGGAAAUGUUAAUGCU